AAACUCUUCUGUUUCCUUAAGGUGAAGCUUCAGGUGGAAGAAAAAGAAGGGAAGAAAUUUGAGGUCUUUAAUGCUGUGGAAUUUAAAACACAGCUGGUUGCUGGAAUAAACUACUUCAUCAAGGUCCAUGUUGGCAAUGAGGAGUUCUUGCACUUGCGGGUGUUCAAAAGCCUUCCUCACGAGAACAAACCACUGAGCCUCGCCAGCUAUCAGAGCAGCAAGACGACGCAUGAUGAGCUGGCUUACUUCUAGGGGGCUCUUUGAAAGAGCCCCUCUCAUGCUUAUAGGAUGCAAAGUGUUUUUAUACCGAUGAAAAUGUACUUAAAAAUCUUGUCUGACAAAUUUUCUACAGCUUUCUUCCUUCCUCGCCAUCCCUAACUCUCCUCUCAUACUCGUGUAAAACAGAUGUAGUUCCAUUGAAAUCAGUAGAGUUAUGCUGGUGUAAAUUCCAUAUAAGUGACUGGAGAAGUGAGCGAAAGAGGAAGGGAGUGUAACCAGUACAGCUGUGACGUGGGGCAGAAUAUGAAUUAGAAUUUCUCCUAACCCUAUGACAGAAACGGGAUGUUCCUCAGUAAAUCACAUUUGUUCUCUGCAUAUUGUUGUUAGAGAGCUAAGGAUGGAGGUUUACAACACCAGAGCAAACUUGAAAAAGUAAAAAGAAAUAGGAUCACAGUAAUUUGAAAUAGAAACUCUUCCUAGGCGAUCAGAUCCAUCCCCCUGAAUUGGUAGAAGAUAGCUCCUAAUACAGGACAUGUCAAGUAUAAAUACAAGUGUUUCUUCACCAGAUCUGAAUCAAAAAUCCUUAUAAGGCAUUAAAACCAUAUAGGCACUUCUAAACAGAUAACAUUUCAAUGGAAGUUACAUGAUCUAUUUAACGGGUAUUUCACUCUGGGUACGUCUACACUACAGCGCUAGUUCGAACUAACUUAGUUCGAAUUAGUUAAUUCGAACUAAGCUAGUUCGAACUAACGCA